AUGGAUUGGACAUUCGUUCGUGAUGAUUUUGUUCGUAGAUCAACCUUUGCGCGAGUGGGCGAUGCAUAUCAUUCAUGGGGUAAAGAAUUUUGUCUUGAUUUUGAUCUAAUAUUACACUUAGAAGAUUACCUUCAAAUGACUGGAAAAGUCGAAUUUAUAUCAUCUCAAAUAGCAAAAAUUUCGAUUUGA